AUGUGUGACAGGAUCAAGGGUUGUGAUCCUGACAGCAGAGAGUCUUAUGGACUGAAGGUAGUUAAAUGUGGCACCUUCAGAGUUAUUAGAUGUCUUAAAAGGUUUCUUUCUCUGGACAAUCAGGAGUAUCGUUAAUUACACACAAGACUGAUGAAGUUUAUACAGUAGACUUCAGUGUCUUGAAACCAGCCGAGCAGCUGAAGAAAAUGCCCCAUUUUUAAGAUUUCCAUAUAAAAUAUUCACAGGAAAUGAGUCAUAUGACCAUCAAAGUUCAGCAGGAUUAGACUUUUUGUCCAAAGCAACAACUUAAGUAUUUACAGGACAGAAACAUCAAUGUCUGCUUCGUCCACAGGGACGCCAAAAUCGACAAGAACUGAAAGUUCUUCACAGGAGCUCUAAAGAGAUCAAACUCUUACUAUUGUCCAUUUACUUAAAAAAACUUUAGUAAAGCUGAGUAGAUUUGCAGGGUUGUGUGAUGAGCAGUAAUACUACUUACUGUUUGUUAAGUUUACAAUAAACACUUUAAGCACAGCAUUAAAUAGAUUGCUGCUGGUUAAAGUAACUAUAAACCACAAAAAGUAUUUCGAUUGGAGUCCUGUUCACUCAAAAAUCUCGUUUUUUUUCUUAAUUUUUUUUUUUCCUCCUAGAUGAGUAGUUACCUGAUUGAUUCAGUGUCAAAAGUGUGUGUUUUUUCUUAAGAUUUCAGACUUCUUAAAUGCUUUGGCUAAAAGGAGACCGCCUUCUCACACCACACAUACUGACCCCCGUAACAUCUCCACCACCCUCUCCAUGAUGAAGAACACAGGGUCCUUCAGAUCCAGAGCCGUACUUCCUAAAAACAUCAACCAGUUGUCCACCAGGUCUCAGUUUCAGAGGCAGGAUCACCUGAAAGAGACCCCACCUGCCUCUGUACCUGUCCCUACUCUGAACCCUGCAGGAACCUCAAACACUCUCUUCAUGGCACACCUGGUCAGAGAGUCCAAGAUGGUGCCCUCCUCUGAGUCGGUCUCUUCUAUUCAAGAGAGGCUUCAGAAGCAUGAGAUACAUCUGUUCAUCCUGGGUGUGCGGACAUGGACCAAAGUGAAGUCCUGUGAGCUGCACCGAUGA